AUGCUCGACCAUCUCCCAAACGGCACGACCGAAGUCCACCAAACUUCACAGGCGACCUCAAAACAUCAUUUUGGUCGGCAAAUCCAAAAGAUAGGACGAGAAAAGUGCCUGCUACGUGAGAUAGACGAAGGAAGCUCAAUACGGCCGACGGCGAUGCAUAGAAUGGCCGACGAACUCAAAACCUCAAGAAGGCGCGAACACCGGUGGAAACUGAUCCUCUGGAGUCCAAAAAACACCAAGGAAGAAGAAAGGAAGGAGACGAUCGAACAGAAUACAAGAUGGCCAAAGGAAUCACAUCCCGAGCCAUUGGCGCGCACAACGAAAGAUCUCCGAAUCACACACGUUCAAAUCGCCUCAAACUUCACAAGGAGCCACAAAACAUAA